AUGUAUACACCCGCUAUCGCUGGGGAGUGCUGUACAGAAUGUUGCCCGGUCGCAGCAGCAGAAGCAGCACAAGCUGCCAUAACUAUUCGAGACUCAGAGUCUACUCAUACUGCUAAUGAAGCCGGACAUUCAUCAUUUAAUUUCCCUGACGAAACUAUAUCAUACGAAUGUUGUUUUAGAAAUCCAAAUUAUGAUGCUUCUUCACUAAUUCCGAUUGGAUCUACAAUUGUUCGACAACCUUCUGAUUCUCGUCAGUUGUCUUCGCCGCAACGACAUAAGGUAACGAAUAAAACAUGUUUACCCGGAGAUCAUAAUGAAAUUAUUGAGACACCAAAUUUUCUUCGUCUAUCAACAUUACAACCAACCGUUAUUACGAGUGAUCGGGCGAUUUCAGAAAUACCGAAUAGAGGUGUUGAGACUAUUAAUAAUCGGAAUUCCUUGAUAAUUUCGCAAGAUAUGACACAACGAAAAGUUAUGAAUUCAAUAAAUGAAGCUAUCAUGAAUAAUACGUUAAUUCAAACAAACAAUAAUAAUUUGCUGGCAAACAUAAAUUCAGAAAGUGAUAAUAUAUCUGCUUCUACAACGUCCACUAAUUUUAUGACGACAUCUACUUCUACUUCUGGCAUUAAACGAAAACAAGAUAUGAUUUUUGAUGGUGCAAGGUGUCUUUGGGAAACAUGUGCAGCCGUGUUUAGGUCCAUUGAUGAGUUAAUACCACAUCUUUCAAAGUUACAUAUUGCAAGACGUUCAAAUGGAAUUUCAUGUCGCUGGGCAUCUUGUUCAAAAGAACAAGAAAAUGACGAUGAAUUAUUCCAACAUCUAUGCCAUGAUCAUUUGGCAGCACGGGAUCUUCAACAUGGAUGUAAAUGGCAAGGAUGUUAUCUAAGAUUUGAAACAUUUGAAGAGUUAACUGGGCAUGUUAGUGAAGGACAUAUUGGAUGUGGUAGAAGUCAGUAUGUUUGUUAUUGGGAAAGAUGUGAUCGGAACGGGCGUCCAUUCUCGCAACGUCAAAAGGUUAUGCGACAUAUUCAGACACAUACUGGUAAACGUUGUAUGAUAUUUUACGAUAUAAUCAAAGUUCUAGAAUUUCAUACUAAUAUAAUGACUCAACAUAUGAGAACACAUACAGGAGAGCGUCCUUUUAAAUGUCCACAACCCGAUUGUGAUCGUGAGUUUUCUAUAUCUGGUGCACUAACCAUACAUCUUCGAGUUCAUACUGAUGUUGCUUUUAUUAAAAGAGUAGAAAUAGUCCAUGAAGAAGCGAUGGCUCUUAAAGAUUCGCUUUUAAAUACUAUAAGUGUUAAUGAAAAUAUUAUUUCUGAUAUGAAAAUGGAAGAAGUAGAACUUGCUAAUCGAAAUGUAUCAACAGAUAUAGUCACAACAAUGAAUGAAAAAUCUGUUAUGCCCACACUUUUACACACGCAUCCAAUAUCUUUUGACCACAAUGAUCAAUACCUUGUGUUGAACAGAAGAUAUGGUGUUCUUAAUCGUGUGAAAUCGAUUGAUGAAUGCCAAAUGGAUCUCAGUGAUAAUGAAUUUUAUGAUGAUAAGAUAAUUAUAAAUAGAAGAAAAGAAAUAACAGAGACAAAUAAUACAGACUAUACUCUAAGAACAAAAGGUUGGAUACCAAAAAGAAAUGGUAUCAUUCAGCGCAUGACGAGCUUUGAUUCCGAUCAAACGAGAAUUGGCAGUACGACAGGUUUCGAGGAUCACGAGAUAAUUGAUUCUGAAAUAUCUGACGAAGAACAGUUACCAUCGAAAACGUUUGGUUAUUUUUCAUUAUAUAAACCACAUGAAACUCGUACUAAUUAUAAAGUAGAUGAUGAAUUUAUUAUGAUUUUGUCCGAAGAAAAUAAAGUAGUUAAAAAUACAUCAGAGACAGAUAGUGUUGAAUAUGAUACAGAUGAGGAAGAGGUCAUACUAGUUGAUUCAGAACAGGAACUUUUGGACAAGCAAUUCGUCAGAAAAAAGAGAACUUCAACCAUUUCAGAGUCCAAAACGCAAGAAUUACCAUAUCGAUAUAAUCAGGUUAAUUCCCCUGAAUUUCCUACAAAGGAAACUGUUUCAUCUUGCGCAUCUUCACCUCCGUCCCCGACGUUUCUGCCUUCACAUAUUUCACUAAAUAUUUCACUUCAUGUUCCUAAUACUAAAUUAACUUCAAAUAAUCCUGAUACAAAAAUGUCGCCUUGGACUUCAGAUGAAGAUAAAUUACUUAUCGAUGCAGUAUUAGAAUCAUUGGCCCCUUCAUGGGUUCAAAUAUCUAAAAAUAUUAUGAUGCAACGCUCUGAAGACGCGUGCAGAUUACGCUGGGCACGUUUAAAACAAAGGUUAUAUGGAAGUGCUUGA